AUGGCCGUCUUGAAGUGGGAUUUGGAGGCUCUGCUCUCCAAUCUCAGCUCCCUCCUGCGCACUGGCAACACCUACACCCUGCUGAUCACCGCCAUUCGAUUGUUUUAUCUGCUCAGCAGCACGGCCAUCAUCACAGUGUGCUGGAUCCGCCCUCUACGUGACCGCUUUCUUUCUUACGGCGCUCGAAGUCAGACAAAACCAGCCUCCCCAUCACCGACACCGCAGCACGACCCGCAGCCGUCACUCAUCACCACCCUUCUCGAUCGCUUGGCCACACUGACUGUUCCCCAUAACUGGUUCACACACUUCUACGUCGUCUCUACCGUCCUAGCGGGUUUUCGAUAUAUGCUCAAGCCCUACCUGACCCGUCAAGGUAUAGUGUGCUCCAAUUUCAUCUUCUUCCACAGUCUUCGCAGAUUGUCCGAGUGUUUGGUGUUGUUCAAGACCACCAGUUCGCGCAUGUGGGUCGGCCAUUACGCCAUAGGGCUGGCCUUUUACAUUGUGACCAACGUCGCCAUUUUCCUUGAGGGUAUCGACUGGAACAAGAUUCCGGCAAGCUCUGUCUCCAGAGCCUUGCCCGGGAUCGACAUUGGUCCAAGUCGAGCUACCGAGCCUCUUCUUUCCCUGAUUCUAGCCCUGGCCAUGCUGCUACAAUUUUCACAGCACCAGUAUCUCGCGAGCCUGAAGAAAUACACGCUUCCAAGUCAAGGCACAUUUGCCCACGUGGUCGCCCCACACUACACUGCCGAAUGUUUCAUGUACCUCUCCGUGGCCAUUUUGGCCAAAGGAUCCCACUCUCUCGUAAACUGGACCAUGCUUUGUGCAACCAUCUUUGUGCUGGUCAACCUCGGCGUCACAGCCCAGGGCACCUACCAUUGGCUGUUGCUCAAAUUCCCCGACCAACGACACAUGAUCACCCGACGCUGGAAGAUGAUUCCACCUCUGUGGUGAUUCGCGAUGAUGCGCGCAGCCAGCCCUCAGUCCAC